AGAAAAGCAGGUGCGGGUCCCAACUGAACUGCCGUUCAUGAACAAGGGUAAAGUGAUCUCCCUCGAACCACCCACUCUUUUGGACAAAAAUGGAACUCUGUCCUCUGAUCCAAAUAUCCCAUCCAAAGUCAAGAUUCAAGACUGAAGAAUCUAAGACAGGGGUGGUAUUCCAGUGUUAUGAAGCUACGGUAAGCUCGUAUACUCCCCCGAGAGAUCAACAGUUCACGAUCACAAUAUCCAGGAGAUCAUCAUGGAUUAUGGUUCAUGGUGUAUGAUGUUCCGUACUUCUUUCCACGUACUAAUGAUUUUCAAGCCCAUGAAUCAAUCAUGAGCCUAACCUCUGACUACUAUUUCCUUUUCCUCACCGACUCGUCUCUGUUCAAUCCCGAAUCUUUUGUAUGUAAAAUAAAUAAAUAAAUAAAACAACGGCAAAAAUUAGAAAAAUAAUGACCUCAUUUUUUGUCUAUAUAUAUCAAUGAAGCAUUCAAUCAGUAACAAUCUAACCCUGAAAUUUGCACUUUGCUUUCAAAAAAAUAAAUAAAUAAAUAAAUAUGGGGUUACCAGCAAAUGGGUCAUCGGAGAAACCAUUGAGGUUUCUGAUAUACGGUAGAUCCGGUUGGAUCGGCGGUUUAUUAGGCAAACUCUGCGAGUCCAAGGGAAUCGACUUCGAGUACGGGUCAGGCCGGCUCGAGAACCGGCUGUCCCUCGAGUCCGACAUAGCCGCCGUGAAACCAACCCAUGUGUUCAAUGCCGCCGGAGUCACUGGGCGUCCGAAUGUCGACUGGUGCGAAUCCCAUAAGGUCGAGACCAUCAGAACCAAUGUGGUCGGGACUCUUACCCUUGCUGACGUGUGCAGAGACAAAGGCCUUAUCUUGAUUAAUUAUGCUACGGGUUGUAUCUUUGAGUACGAUGCGGCUCAUCCGAUCGAAUCGGGUAUCGGGUUCAAGGAAGAGGAUUAUCCGAAUUUCACUGGUUCCUUUUAUUCUAAGACCAAGGCUAUGGUGGAGGAGUUGCUCAAGAAUUAUGAGAAUGUUUGUACAUUGCGCGUUAGGAUGCCUAUUUCAUCGGAUCUAGCCAAUCCUCGAAAUUUCAUCACGAAAAUCACUCGUUAUGAAAAGGUGGUCAACAUUCCCAACUCGAUGACGAUCCUGGAUGAACUUCUUCCGAUUUCCAUUGAGAUGGCCAAGAGAAACCUUACUGGAAUUUGGAACUUUACAAACCCUGGAGUGGUCAGUCACAAUGAGAUUUUAGAAAUGUACCGCGACUACAUCGAUUCCAACUUCACCUGGGUGAACUUCAAUCUUGAGGACCAGGCUAAGGUUAUAGUUGCUCCGAGGAGCAAUAAUGAACUUGAUGCAAACAAAUUGAAGAAGGAAUUCCCUGAACUCCUGUCCAUCAAGGAGUCUCUUAUCAAGUAUGUAUUUGAGCCAAACAAGAAGACUGUUGGAGCUUGAUGAUCCCAGUUAAAACUGAAGCAGGAAUCCCUGAGGUCUUGUCUGGUGAGGAAGUGCCUCUUAAGGUUUGUCAAACCAUGAGACUAGUGGAGCUUGAAAACUUUAGGUAUGGAUUCUUUGAUUUUCCUUUUUCUAUUUGGCUCAUGUUAUUGAAUGUGAUAAUCUCUGAUAUAGGCACCAAUUCCCACAUGACACGAAGGAUUGCUGGUAUUUGUAGUUGAAUGUUGUAUUCAUAUUAACUUUUGAAUAAAUCAUUUGAAAAUGGUCUUUCUAUUUUUAAAUAUACUUUGAGUUUAUUGGUUGAUCAAA